GAAAACGUAAAUUGUUGCCGAAAUCUUUGAACUUUUAAACGUCUUGCCGUAACGAUGCCCCCAACGGAACUUCUACAGUUUUAUAAGCAAUAGUGAAUGAAGGGAACCACCGUAGAUUAACUUUCAGCCGAUCUCAUUGAUGAAAGUGAGUGCUGCUUUGUCCAACUAUGGCUUUCCGCCAUCUUGAGAGGGAUGAGAGACUUAAACCAAUGUUUGACAUCAUAUUAUAAAGGCACCAAUCAGGGAACCUUUCAGAGCGCUGCGCGUGAGAGGCUUUUCUCGAACCAUCGCCAUUGUGUGAUUGUGGUUAUCUUUGUCAACCUAUUCGCGAGGCUAUCGCUUUUGUACGCGAUAUUUAGGAACUUUAAAUUUACAAUCGUAUUUUAAGCCUUUUGUUAGUUAACCAAUACUUCAGUUUACAGAAGAGCUGUUGUUGUUAACGUUUUGCUGGAAUUAGAUCGUACUGAUACAGCUAUAUUAGCAACUUUCGGAGUGACUGAAGCUGCAAAUCUGCAACUCCGCUCAAGCGUCUUUACCACAGCAACUGUCCAUGGCUUCUGCUGUGCCGAAAUAUUUAUCCACCGAAGAGACAACGAACUACGCUCGCCUCUGUCGGUUGUUACUUGAUAUUGGUACCCAAGCCCUCAAAGACACACUUGAUGCUUUCCAUCCGCCUUCAACUCUUCACACAGUUUUGGCGAGAAAUGAGGGAAAGUUACGGAUACUAAGAACGAAAAAGCUUAUAGACGCGACGCAAUGGGGAAAGCUCUUUCCUGCUAUCUCUACAUCAGUUUCCUCAAGAGACUUUGAUAUCACGCUCUUGAUAAUCUUGCUGCGAAACUUAUGCGGUUUACCUUCUCCCGCAACAGGCUGGGAUGCACUUCCCGCUAGGACAGACGUGAGUCGCGAAGCUGAUAUCGCUCGUGUCAAAUAUUACAGAAAUACCGUGUAUGCUCACGCGGAGUGCGCGUCAAUCGAUGAUGCGGCUUUCGAUGCAUACUGGGGCGAUAUCCGGGACACUCUGGUUCGAUUGGGAGGAUUCAAGUACGAAGCAGCUAUUGACAAUCUUAAAAUUCAAAACAUGGACCCAAGACUUGCAGAUCACAACAAGGAACUUUUCAGACAAUGGAAGAAAGAUGAAGACAACGUGAAAGAUCAAUUAAAUGAGGUCUUAAAAAAGCUGGAUGAUUUGGAAAAAAAGGAAAACACAUUCAGAGCAUGUAAAGACUCAGUGGCCAAGGAAAUGGAACAAGAGCUCAUCAUGUGUAAGGUAAAAUAUCACGAAAACGUGGCAGUGCAAUUUUAUUGUCAAGACUGCGACGUUUGUAUUUGCCACAAGUGUGGUAUAGUGAGUCAUAAUCGACACACCAUAGUAGACAUUCAACAAGCCGCUGAAACUGAAAAGAUGAAAAUGACUCAGGUCUUUGCCAGAGUCAAGGCACGACUCGAGGUUGUGGAGACAAGGAUAAUGGAGCAGAAUGAACUGAUGAAGAAAAGCGAAGAAGAAAUCUGCGCUACCGAGGAGAAGGUGACGGAAACUGUGCAGGAAAUCAUUCGGAUUUUAAAGGAGCGUGAAAAGACCGUAAAGGGUAAGCUAAGAGAAAUUAAAGACACACAACAAAAAACAUACGCUGAAAAAUUUGACGCUUUUCAGUCAUACGCUGCCCAGUUGAAGAGUUGUUGUAAAUGUUGCGAACGUAUCGAAAAAAGAAGCAGCAGCCUUGAAAUUCUGCAAGGAAAAGAUGUUUUUGGUCCAUGCGAGGAACUGUUAGCUGCGCAGGAUAUUGAAAUAUGUAAACCACGGCAUGUUACUUGUUUUGUAAACUCAGAUGCUAUGAAUACUGUUAAACAAUUUGUUCAAGUGAUCGCGAGUUACACUGAUCCUUCACAAUCAUCGGCUGUAGGAAAUGGUCUGAGACAAGCGGAAAUUGGCAAUGAAGCCGACUUCACAGUCAUUACAAGAGAUUCAGAGGGAAAUAAGGUUUAUAACAAAGAAGACCGAGUGACUGUGAAAAUCCACCGGCUUCCAAGAGGUCAAGAUGAAGAAAUGAAAAAAGAUUGUCGAGAUGGAAACUACCUUGUGCAUUACAAGCCAAAGAGUGUUGGCUUACUUGACAUCGUUGUCGAAGUAAAUGGCAAGCCGCUGACUGGUAGUCCCUGGAGAGUUCAGGUGACUGGUCAUCAGUACAAAGCUCUUUAUUCAUUUGGAUCACACGGGGAAGGACUGGGAGAGUUUAAAAAUCCAUGCAGUAUUGCAGUGAGUGAGAGAACUGGAAAUAUUGCCAUAGCAGACAAUGGUAAUAGGCGAGUCCAGCUGUUUGAUUCUGAGUGGAAAUAUAACAGAACGAUAGGAAAUAAAGGGCCUGAUGCUGAGAGAAUAAGAAAUUCAAGAUCAGUGGCAUUCACAACAUCUGGGAAUGUCAUAGUAAUUCAUGGAGAGCAUUCUCAGCGAAGUAAAAUGUCUCUUUUUACUGAAAAUGGUCAAUUUAUUAAGCACUUUAUUAAGCACCUAAUUGAUCCACAGCGUGUAUCUGUUGGAAGUGAUGGCUACAUGAUCGUGUGUGACUCUGGCGACAAGUCAGUCAAGGUCCUAUCCCCUGAUGGUUCAAGAUUAUUACAAUCCCUCAGAGAACCAGGCUGUGGUCAGCCCCCAUGGUAUGCUGUUUAUCAUGAAGACAAAGUUUUUGCGACCUAUGGCUUGGUUAGCCACGUGAAAGUGUUCAACAAAGAAGGAGAGUAUUUGUAUGAUAUUGGUACGAAGGGAACCGGUAACGGACAGUUAAGGCGUCCUGAAGGACUCGCCUUUGACAGUUUUAGUAACCUCAUUGUGUGUGAUUCUUUGAACAGCAGACUUCAGGUGUUUUCUUCAGAUGGAAAGUUUGUUUUUUCGAUUAAUGAGGGAAUUAAAUUUCCCAGCUCUAUCGCUGUUACUAAAGACAAUAAGUUGGUGGUUUCUGAUUUUUAUAAAGAUAUUAUCCAUGUAUUCCAGUAGAGUGUGAACAUGAAACAGCAGUUUAAAUGUUCCAAUUUUUAUCUGUGAGUCUUAUCCGAGUUUCUUCAUCUUUUAAUUGAAUGUAUACUCAGCAAAUCAUCCUCUACCACUUAGAGACAAACACUCUGCAAGUAGCCAGGAAAUACUGUGAUUGGUCAAUGCGAGGAACUUUUGAA